GCAGCCUUUUUCUCAUGAGAAACAACCCUCUUCCUCCAUUCUCGUCGUUCGUCUCAACUCCACUCUCCUCCAUUGGAAACCCUCUUCACCAUCUCCGUCAAGCUCGGUGACCACCGUCACACUCGAUUUCAGUCCCAUCUCCUCGCCGCACUGAGUAAUAAAGUUGAAAGAAAUUUGGGUUGUUUGAGUUGAGGAGAGAAAUGUUUGGCACGGCGAUUAGAUGUUUAGCGAAGAAGUCAAAGCCGAAGAUGGGACCCAUAGUGAUGAAAACACCGCCGGAGCAGAGGGCAACAAUCACAAGGGUCCUCUUUGAUAUCGUGAAGGAGCAUGGUCCCAUCAGCGUUCCCAACACCUGGGAGCGUGUCAAGGAAGUUGGCUUGAAAGAUUUGAAGAGCAAGAAUCAUAUGAAAAUAGUGUUGAGAUGGAUGAGAGAGAGACAAAAGCUUCGUCUUGUUUGCAACCAUGUUGGGGCUCAUAAGCAGUUCCUUUAUACAACUUGGUUUACCAAUCCCGGUACAGCUCAGGCAACACCAGGAGGAAGCGUUCCUUCAAAGCAGAAGUCCCCUUUAAGGACUUGAAGUCUCAUGAUCAUUAACCAAGAGGAUGGACGUGCUGUUUAUUACUAUGAGAAGAAUAAUGUGGACUGUAAUAAUUUUUUUUAGUUACUUAUGAAAAAUAUGACUGUUAGCCAUGUUUUUAUAUGGUUGGAUGACCUACAUUUUUCUUCAUUAAUAUGUUGCUUCUGCUCCUAUGUUCAUUCA